AUGCCGAAUCCUAGUGCACCAGGAAGUGAGGAGCAGAUGCUGAAGAGUCCUAUUUUCAUUUUUGGACAGGACAUUUCUUAUCUUCCUAAAGGCUGUAUCUUUAUGAUCGGCUCCCUCGGUAUCUUCAUCCUCUACAUCGUUUAUGGAGGCGUCCAGGAGUAUCUUUUUAAAACACCUGGUCUCAGUGAACACUUUAUGGCACUGACCGCCUACCAGUUUUGUCUUUACGGGGUCAUAUCAUUUAUCGAGAGCCGUGUAACAGGCGUCAUGUACCACUCCAAUUUUCCCCCUUGGCUUUACUGUUCCGUUGGAAUAACGACAACCGGAACCAUUCUCCUUUCUAACGCCGCCGUGGUUUACCUUAACUAUCCGACUCAGGUCAUUUUCAAGUGUUGCAAACUCAUUCCAGUCAUGGUCCUUAGCAUCAUUAUUCAAGGAAGGCGAUAUAGAUUUAUUGAUUACGUUGCCGUCGCCUGCAUGAUCGUUGGCCUUAUAUUUUUCAUCCUGACCGAUGUCAGCGUUCAACUGACCUUCGACUUCCGAGGAGUUCUCGCGAUCAGUUUGGCCCUCAUCUGCGAUGGCUAUAUUGGCAAUCUUCAAGAACUGGCAAUGAAGUCUUAUCACGUUCCCGCCCUUCAAAUUCACUUCAGCGAUGUUUUCUUUUGGAGCACCCUGUUUGUGCUGUCCGGCUACUUUGGUUUGCAGUUUGUUCUUCUCCUUGUGCACCACUUUGGUGCCCUUCUGGCUGUCACCGUGACCACGGUUCGAAAGGCUGUGACCAUCGUUCUUUCAUUCCUUGUCUUUCGGAAGCCCUUUUCUAUUGACUAUGUCUGGUCUGGCUCCUUAGUGGUGGUUGGGAUAUUCCUCCACUCCUAUAGCAAAAGCAAGAGCUCCGAGGUCAAACGAGGUUACGAGCCGAAAAAUGAGGACCAUCAGAUUGUCUAA